UUAAACACUAGGUAACCCAACCCCUCCUUUUUCGUUGGUUACGUAGAAUUAUAGUGAUCUGAUAUUUCCAAAGGAUAAUCCGUUACAAAUUUUGAUAAUUUAACUAUAAAUUUCGGUAAUAUAAAAUUCAUAUAACGUAAAAUAUGUAAAAUGUUUUUCUUUUGAUUUUUCAAUAAUUCGUCAGUCUCAGAAGUGGUUAACAUGAACCCUGCAGACACAUCUGAUGCUUUGGAUUUAACAAAAGAAAAUAUUAGACCGCUAAGACAAGGUCGAAAACCAAUUCAAUUAGAAACAGCUUUACAAGCACAAUGUAGUACUGAAGUACAACAAAAAUUGAAUAAAGAAAAAGAAAAAUAUGAGCAUGAUAUAAGAACCUAUGAAGGUGAUGAUCCUUUAGCUCCUCGUUUUGAGUAUAUAAAAUGGCUAGAACAAAUGUACUUAAAACAUGGGCCAGAAAGCAAUCUCUUACCUCUCAUAGAAGAGACAGUACAAAAAUUUAAAAAUGAUCAAAAGUACAAACAAGAUCCUCGAUUUGUUCAAAUUCUUAUUAAAUUUAUUGAAGAUCAGCCUAAUGCUGUUGAAUUAUAUCAAACUGUAUACAAUCAAGGAUUAGGAACUAUGUGUGCACUUUUUUACCGUGCUUGGGCAGACUUGCUAGAUAGAUACAAUGAUAUUAAGCGUGUGGACCAGAUUUUUUUACUUGGACUUCAAUCUAGAGCUGAACCCAGAGAAGAACUCGAACAAGCUCAUGUUCAAUUUCAAUUAAGUGUAGCUAGACGUAUGAUAAAUGGUGAGUUACGCGAUGAUGAUGAAAAGGGAAAUGAACCAAGUAAAAGACAAGCUUUUAGUGUAUUAAAAAAAUCUGAAACUCAUAGUGGUACAAGGCGUGGUAUGGGUGGAGUAUUAGGAACGGUACCUCAAAACAACAAUGUUAAUGGAAUGGCUUCUUCACUGAAAGUUUUUGAAGAUAAUGAUGAAAAUGCAUUACUCGGUUUUGACAACAAUAAUUGUGAUCUUGCAUCAAAAGGAUUAAACAAAGAAAAUACAGUUAAACCAGGACCCUGGACAAAGCCUAAAAUUAGAUCAAAGAGUAUACCAAAACCUGUAUCAUCUGUAAAUUUUGAGGUUCAUCAGGAUAUUAAUACUGAAAGUGUGACAAAAUUAAAUGGUAUUACAGUUCCAAAUGCUUUACGGAGUAUUAAGAACCAUACUCAUCUUUCAUGUCCUGUUGCCAUUUUUGAACCUCCAGAUCCUACAAAACGACCUAUGUAUUGUAAAGAUAAAGUGUAUGCAGCUGGUAGAGAUAUUCAAAUUGAAGAAAUAAGGUAUGAAUACUAUCUUAAGAUGGAAAAAGAAAAAAAUUUGCUUAAAGGAAGUAUUCCCCAAAAUAUAGCUAAACAACCUCCUAAAGUUGUUAUUAAAGAACCAGUAAAAAAAGUUGUAUCACCUAAUAAUGAUUUACGAGUUCCUGAAUUUAAAGCACCCCAUCAUCUACAAAUGGAACCUGAUCCUUUAAGUCAAUCAGUUACUGUUAAUACUAGAGUAGCACUUGAUCUUGUUCAACAAAUGUGGAAUAGUCCUUGUGAAGAUAAAAUAAUAAAUCCGCCACUUUCUAUAUCAAAUAAUAGAAACCCUGUUGCAUUUGCUGGAUUUGGAGAAGAUAAAAAUUGUGCUCAUUCAAAUAAUCCUUCAAAUUUUAUGGUGUUUCAAGAUGAUGGAAUAUCUACUAAAAAAAAUGAAAAUAUAAAUGUUUAUACAGAUAAUAAUUUAAUCAAUCAAAAAAGAGUUCCUGACAGUAUUGAUGUUUAUGUAGAUGAAGAUGAAAACAUUUUCCUAAAGAAAUGCUCCAUAACUGAUGAAACCUCUUCUAAAAACCAAACUACAAAAUUAAAAAUUCAUGUUGAUGAUAAUAAAAUAUCAUCAAAAACUUGUGAAAUUUCUGUGUAUGUAGAUGAAAAUGAAGUAAAAAAUAAUUUAAGAGAGAAGCAGUCAAAAAAUAUUAAAAGUAUACCAUUUGCUGUUUAUGAAGAGGAAGAACCAGCCAAAAAAAUCAAUGAAAAUAAAUCACCUUUUAAAGAAGUUCAAGUAACUGAUGAUGAUCUGACUUGUUCAACUAAAGCAUUUAAUUUUGUUUUAUCAAGCUCUACCCCAUUAGCUCUUGGUGGAAGCAAAACUAAAAAAGUUAAUGGAAAUGUAUUAAAACCACUAAAAAUUUCUGAAGAAACUGAAGCAACAGAGACUGAAACACACCCAGUGGGAAAAAAUCUUAGUAUGAUUCUAGAAGCUUCUAAAGAACGCAAUAGCAGUAAUUCAUCUGGAAUAUCUUCACUUACCUCUACUAUAAAACUUGCUCAACCUUCUAAAAUAGAAUUUAAUGAAAACAUUAAUCCUUUUGAUGAUGAAUUAAUUAACAAAUUACUUAAGGAAGUUGUUGGGUUUCCCGAAGAACGGCAUUUAAAUGGAUAUUUAGAGUAUGAUACUGAUGUACCAAAUAUGCGAUCUGAAUUUAAAUUAGGUUCUACUAAAAUGUCAUUCCUUAAUGAACUUGGCAAAGGUUCAUAUGCACGAGUAGUUAAGGCACGACCAGACUGUGAGGGAGCUGCAGAAAGAGCUUUAAAAUUGCAAAAACCUGCUUGUGCAUGGGAGUGGUAUAUUGGCAAAGAAAUUCAAUAUCGUUUAAAAGAAACUGAUAAAAUAACUUAUUUUGUAAACAUGGACAAUGUUUAUUUAUUUAACAAUGGAUCUAUUAUAUCUAUGGAAUAUGCAACCCACGGAACAUUAUUAUCUGUAAUUUUAACUUAUAAGCAAGCCAUGAAUAGAUCAAUUCCAGUCACUGUUGCUGCUCUUUUUGCAUCUCAAAUCACAUCUGCUAUUAAAUACCUACAUCAAUGUCAAAUCAUACAUGGAGACUUAAAACCAGACAAUGUCGUUGUUAAAUCACUGCCAAAUUCAGCUAUGCGUCCAUGUAUUCAACUCAUUGAUUUUGGACGUAGUAUUGAUAUGACAUUAUUACCACCAGGAACUACCUUUACUUAUUCUGUUAAAACUGCAGAGUUUAUUUGCCAUGAAAUGAGGGAAAAAUUACCUUGGACCUAUCAGACUGAUUACUAUGGAUUAGCUGCUAUUAUUUACAUGCUUCUUAUGGCAGAUUACAUGAAAACUACUAAAAUUCGUAAAACAUGGGUUCUUAUGAAGCCUUUACCAAGAUAUAUGGAUAAGGAUCUUUGGGGUGAUAUGUUGACAACUUUAUUAAAUGUAGAGUCUUGCAAUAAACAACCAAACUUAGAUAAAAUAAUAGACAAAUUGAAUAAGUAUCUAUCAAUUCAACAAAAAGUUAUGUUAAAUCAUCAAUUUGCUAGUUUGAGAAAUACUCUUCAAAAUCAUUAAUUAGUCUAUCCAAUAAGUUCAAUAUUAAAUAUAACUAAAGUUUUUAUACUUUUCUAAAUUUUCUUAACUUAAGAUCUUUUUAUUUAAUAUUUUUAUAUUUCAUAAUAUUGUUAACAUUUUAAUAUGUGAUCUUGUCUUGUAGACAUAAACUAUGAUAUUUUGAGUUUUUCUUACUAUUAUUUAAUUAUUUAAUGAAUUACUAGAUUAUUUAUUUUUAUAAAAGGAGAGUUAUUACGACUUGAAUUUCUCCAUUAAACUAAUUCAUUUAUAUUGAGCAUUCUGUCUAAUAUUUAAGUUGAAGUAUUUAUUUUAAGACCUUGAAUGUUUUUCCAAAAUCAAAAGCACAAUUUUGUGUUAACACAGAAUAUUUAUUUGUAUGUAUGUGAAAUGUUUAUGUACGUGCUUGAAAAAUUUUAACCUUUUUAAUAGCAUAAUAUUUUUAUAAAAAUAUUAUUGGUUUUUAUCAAUAAUGAUAAAAUAAGUGUUUUUAUGAAUUUUUUUUUUUAUAUAUACACGUGAACUUAAGAUGUUUUUGAAAAUAAAAAAUACUCCCAUCUUUAAAUUAAUACAUAUUAAUAAAACUAUUGUUCAUUUUUAAUGAAUACGCUCUCUAAUUUUGUUCUACAUAUAAAAAAUAAAAAUAAAAAUUUGAGUGUGAAAAUUUAUUUUUUUUUCGUAAUAAAAUUUAAAUUUAUAACAACUA